UGGCAGGGCAUGCUCUAGACACUGGGCAUAAGAUAGAUUUAGAAAAUGUGGACAUCCUGAGACGGGGUUUAAGAUUCACACCACAGCGACUGGUGGCCGAGGCGGUGGAAAUCGCCAAGCAUCCCAGUGUGAAUAGAAUAGAGGGGAAGAGGCAUUCGGAAGAUUCAUCAAAACUGUCAGACUUCUCCGACGAUGAGGACUAUGUGCCCUAUGUUCCGAUCAAGGAACGAAAAAAACAACAGGACGAUGGCGGUGGUGGUGAUGCUGCCGGCGGCAAGAAGACCAAAACUAGUGAUGACCUGGAUUAUAUUGGACCACAUGCGCAAGGCAGCCUUUUCGACCGCAUGUGGGAGUUGAAGAAAAAGGCAGAAGAACGAAAAGAAACCGAGCGAGAUAAGAAGCUGAAAGUUGAGGCGAAAAUUUUGGAGAGUGUGGCCGAAAAGACUGCACUUAUGGGCGUUGCUGAACUAGCCAAAGGUAUUCAGUAUGACAAACCCAUCCAGACGGGCUGGACUCCACCUUCGUACAUUCGUGAACAAACACAAGAGAAGUCCGAUGAGAUACGCAAGAAGCACCGCAUUCUGAUUGAUGGCGAAGACGUUCCGCCUCCGAUCCGUAACUUCAUUGAAAUGCGUUUCCCUGCCGCUUUGGUGAAUAUUCUCAAGGCACGAGGUAUCUCCAGUCCCACGCCUAUCCAGAUGCAAGGUCUACCAGCAGUGCUCAGUGGGAGAGACAUGAUUGGUAUAGCUUUCACAGGUUCUGGAAAAACAAUGGUGUUUGCGAUCCCGAUCGUACUGUUUUGCAUGGAUCAGGAGCUGAAAAUCCCGUUUAUUCCUGGCGAAGGUCCCUAUGGUUUAAUAUUAGGACCGUCACGCGAGUUGGCACGACAAACACACGAAGUCCUUUCCAGCCUGGUUGAUGGGCUGGUCGCAGCGGGAUUCCCGGAAAUUCGUUGCAACCUAUGUAUCGGUGGUACAGCCGUAAAGGAUCAAGCAGAAACCUUCCGUCGCUCUGGUGUCCAUAUUUUAGUAGCUACACCCGGUCGUCUAAUCGAUUUGCUUCAGAGGAAGAUAUUCAAUCUCGAAGUAUGCCGUUACCUCGUCUUGGACGAGGCAGAUCGAAUGAUCGAUAUGGGGUUCGAAGAGGAAGUCCGAACAAUAUUUUCCUACUUCAAGGGUCAGCGACAAACGCUUCUGUUCUCAGCGACCAUGCCCAAGAAAAUUCAGAACUUUGCCAAAUCUGCUCUAGUGAAACCGGUCACUGUCAAUGUCGGUCGAGCCGGUGCCGCGAGCAUGAAUGUAUCACAAGAAGUGGAGUACGUCAAGCACGAAGCUAAAAUUCCUCACCUUCUUCAAGCGCUGCAGAAGACGCCCCCUCCUGUCAUUAUAUUCGCUGAAAGAAAGCAGGAUGUGGAUGCCAUCCACGAAUAUCUUCUUCUCAAGGGCGUCGAAGCGGUUAGUAUUCAUGGCGGUAAAGACCAAGAAGAUCGUGUGGCUGCUGUCACAGAAUUUCGUGCCAAGCAUCGCGACGUUCUGGUCGCUACGGACGUCGCUAGCAAAGGGUUGGACUUUCCUUACAUCAAUCACGUGAUAAACUAUGAUAUGCCGGAGGAUAUUGAGAACUACGUUCAUCGCAUUGGACGUACCGGUCGUGGACACAAACGGGGAUUGGCUACCACGUUUAUCAACAAAUCGGUAGACGAAUCAACUUUGUUGGAUUUGAAACACUUGCUCAUCGAAGCGAACCAGCGUGUUCCUGAUUUCUUGGUCGAGUUGGUCUCCGCCACAGAGCACGAACUAGAGAUGGGUGGCGAGGUCGGUUGUGCAUAUUGUGGUGGUUUGGGACAUCGUAUCACGCACUGUCCCAAGUUGGAAGCCAUGCAGAACAAAGCUGCCAGAAGCCUGGGUCGGAAAGACUUCCUUCCUUCUGCAGAUUAUUGA